GUGAGAGCCAACUUUUCACCAAAGGAUUCCGUCCGAGAAUUAAAUCACCUUCAUGUCGACUCUGUUGGAUACUAACCGGCCGAUGCUAUGGUUACCUUUAUUACGAUCUUACAGGUGAAUCUAGUGAUGUCCAUCCUGCUCUACAUGAUGGUCCUCGUGUACCUCUAUGGUAUCCAGGCAACCAACAUGGACAACAGUCACCAGGGGCAACAGCAGCAGCAGCAGCAACAGCAGCAGCAGCAGCAGCAUCCCAGUCCUGACCCGUUAAACUCCCUCAUCAUUCAGCUGCUACAGGCGGACAUUACCAGGGGGAAGAACCGGGGGAACGCCAGCCAGCAGGGGAAAAGCACCGAGCUGCCUCCGGAGGAGCGAGGGAACGCGAGCGCGGACGAGGUGAUGUUGUUGAACUCGGACCUUCUGAGACAGCACAAGCGCUUCAAUUCCCCGCGAGUUCUGCUGAGCGACCGGGCGCCGCUGCAACCGCCGCCGCUGUACAUGUCCGACGACUUUGUGAGCGGCGGGAACAAAACCCGCAAGAAGCGCUACACCGAACACAAGAGCUAUCGCGGGGAAUACUCGGUGUGCGACAGCGAGAGCCAGUGGGUGACGGAUAAAACUCAAGCGGUGGACACCAGGGGGACCCCCGUCACCGUUUUGGACAAAAUCAAAACCAGCGCCACGCAGGAUAUUAAACAAUACUUUUACGAAACGCGCUGUCGGACCCCCAGGCCCUUCAAGGGAGGCUGCAGGGGAAUCGACGACAAGAACUGGAACUCGCAGUGCAAGACCACGCAGACUUACGUGCGGGCGUUGACGCAAUUUCGCAAUUUGGUGGGAUGGCGGUGGAUACGCAUCGACACUUCCUGCGUUUGCGCGCUCUCCAGGAAACGCCACAGGACGUGAAAAUGUGCACGAACUCAUCCGAGUCGAGGUGUGAAGAGCAACUGUAUAUAUAAAUUAUUUAAAUUAUAUAAAACGCAUGUAGGCGAUACAUGUUUAUCUAAAUAUAUAUGUUAUUUAUUGAAAGAAGCCUGCUUUCCCCAGGAACAAAAAUGGAUUUUGGCCUGCAAAGGUGCUCCAAACUGAGACUAACAUGUGCCUUGACCACCGUGGAUGCAAGCGGGACACAUUCACGUACAAAUCGACCAAAUAUGUUUACAACCAGUUCAUUCUGUGAAGCUGUAAAACAGAAAAUAACCGGAAAAAAAAUGUUUUCUUGUCUACACUGACGCCCCCUUCACAAAAAUAUGUUACUUCCUUUUGAUAAUAAAACAAAUAAUACAUGACACGAUACUGUAUAUUGGUUGACCACAAUCUGGUGUGAGUAUGUACUGUAUUAAAAUCCCUCACCGCCAAUUCCUUUAAAACGCAAACAAAACAAUAAAGGCGAAAAAAGUUUGCUGCGGAAAUCCGCAUGCGAAAACACGUCUUGAAUCAAUUUGGGCAUUGUUUUUCCACUGUCACUUUCGAUUCUGUUGGUAGAAAAAAUAUCCAAAUUUGCACGCAUGGAAUUGGAGACGCUGGCAUUGACCCGCGGGGAAUGUCAAAGUGACCACUGAGAGUUUGAGACUGAUUAAUGUUUUGAUUAUCUCACCAGAUACAACACAAAGAGUCUGUUUGUUCAACUCUUUCGCUGCCAUCGACGCCGAUAAACGUCCAGGUAAAGUCAUACGGGGCCGCGGCGGAAGCUGCCAUCUCUAAUAACUCGGGGUCUUACGAAGAACAAAGCUGAUUUGAGGAGAUGCGCAUACAUGCCCAGCUAGGAUUUAAGGUCGUAAUCUCCUAUUCUAAGAGGAUCUUAUCAUUUGUCGGCUUUAAGGAGACGUUUUCGAUGUCCUGACAAAAGGAUCGCAGGUUUCCUGCAGGUUGCAACAAGUGAAAUUUGAGACCGUUUCAAAACUAAAAACAAGUUAUUUCACAGUAUUUCAAUGAGUGGCCUAUA